UAUUCACAACAUGCAUUUGUUUAUUGUUCUUCUCGCUCAAAUCUCCAAUUGAGUAUUCUUUUUUACUUAUUGAGUUUUAAUUGGCAAAAAUUGAUUCUGGAUUUCAGUAAUCGCUUUAUCAUGCUGAAUGGUUUAGUUUUUCAUCAGAUUUGAAUUUUGGAGGUGCUGUGGUGUUGAGAUAUUAAGUGCGAAUUACAUGAUAUAAUUCUGUUCCAUCAGUAGAAGCUGUAAAAGUUCACGGGAGGCUCGAGUUAAAAUGCCGCAUCGAACUACUUACAUUUUCCCGAGGCAAUUUCCAGACCGCAACUUUGACUCCUCAAAGUUUGUCUUGGAUCACGAGAAGAAAAGUGAAGGAAAGUUUGAGGCUUGUGGUCGUGGAGAGGUCGGUUUCAACCUCACAGGAAAAGAAAUCAAUAGAGAUUCAGAGUCUAAACAUAAUUGUAAAGAUAACAGUAGUAGUGACAUUUCUCACGGAUUCACGGGCGACAGGAUUCACAAAAAGCAGUUGGCCGGCUUUGUUAACUGGCUGACUGAGAAGAAAAGGAAAGGCAAAUCAUUCGCAAGACUGAAUCCUGUGAAGAUCAGAUCAGAUGAUGGGGACAUCAUCGAAGAGGAAGAGCGUGAGCCAUUUCUAGCAUCACCACCGUCUCCUGUGGUGGUCCCCAAUGCGGUGGUUGACUGUGAAUGCCAGGUGGGUAAAGACAGACGCUUGGAAUUGGAACGGAAGGUGUCGCUGCCGCAGUUGUCUAGUAAUGGGAGCAAUUAUAGCAUUGGUGCUGAUCAUCAAGGGAAGGAGAGGGGAUUUGAGAGGCAGCUGUCACUGCAAAGAUUUUCUAGUGGUGGGAGCACGAGCUAUGCGGGUAGUUUGUUUUCGGGAACCACUUUGGAUGGUAAUUGGUCGAGUAUUACUACUGGGACACUUAAGGAUCCAAUUACAACAAACGAAGCGGAGGUAAGAGGAGUUGAAAACGUUGGUAAUGGAUUGGCACAAAGGAUUAAAGAGAGUUAUUACUUGCAGCUCACUCUUGCUAGAAGGCUUACUGAGCAGGCUACACUUGUUGCUGAGCCUAUGCUAAUUCAGGAGUCUAGAAGUGCUGAGCAUCUUGUUGGUGGAUCUGACGAUGCAGAAAUUGCCUCCUACCGACUCUGGGUCAGUGGUUGCUUGUCUUACACUGACAAGAUAUCAGAUGGGUUCUAUAACAUUUUGGGAAUGGAUCCGUAUAUGUGGUUGAUGUGCAAUGACUUGUAUGAAGGUAGAAGAAUGCCACAUCUAUUGGCGUUGAGAACACUCGAACCUAAUGACACCUCUAUGGAGGUGGUUCUUGUUGACCGUGGUGGGGAUUCACAACUCAGGGAGCUUCAGGAUAAAGCUCAAGAGCUAUAUUUUUCUGCUGAAAGUACAUUAGUUUUGGUAGAGAAACUUGGCAAACUUGUCGCUGUCUUCAUGGGGGGCUCUUUUCCGAAGGAGCAAGGUGACCUUCAUGUUGGAUGGAAAUUGGUCAGCCAGAGAUUAAAAGAUUUCCAAAAAUGCAUCGUGCUUCCAAUUGGUAGCCUGUCUAUGGGACUUUGCCGGCACCGUGCUAUUUUGUUCAAGAAAUUAGCAGACUAUGUUGGUUUGCCAUGCCGGAUUGCUCGAGGUUGCAAGUAUUGUGUUUCAGAUCAUCGAUCUUCAUGUCUUGUCAAAAUUGAGGAUGAUCGAAAGCUUCCAAGGUAUAAUCUACUAUUUGUUUGUGGCAUCAGUUCUCGUCUGCCGCCAAAGUAUGUACGAAAAAAGACAGAUUUAACUUUAGGUUACAAGCUUUUGUUUGUAGGCAGGGGAAAAGAAAUCUAUCAAGUGAAGGAUAUUGGCUCGCCAGGAAAUUUAAAAGAUGAUUUGUGCAGACAAGAUGUUCUUGGUGUUGCUUCCACUGGGAUACCUAGUGAUGAUAGUUCUAGACCAGGAGGUGACAAAAAUAUUAUCAAACAGACAUAUAAUGAGGACAUUGUUGUAGCUUCAAAUGCAAUUGUGUCUCUCGCUGAAAGACAACCUCCUCGAGUUAUCUGCUCUGACGAACAAGAUUGUAUGAAAGUUAAGAAUAGAAUUCUGGAUCAUGAGAAGCACCAAGCUACAGUUGUUCCAAGAUAUUUGAAUCUUGAGCCUUCUCUUGCAAUGGAUUGGCUUGAGAUCUCAUGGGAUGAAUUGCACAUUAAGGAGCGUAUUGGUGCUGGUUCAUUUGGGACAGUGCAUCGAGCUGAAUGGCAUGGAUCAGAUGUUGCAGUUAAGGUUCUAACUAUCCAGGAUUUUCAUGAUGAUCAGUUCAAAGAGUUCCUUAGGGAGGUUGCUAUUAUGAAACGCGUUCGACAUCCAAAUCUAGUUCUCUUCAUGGGUGCUGUUACCAAACGUCCACAUCUAUCUAUUGUAACAGAGUAUCUUCCAAGGGGUAGCCUAUACAGACUAAUACACAAGCCAGCUGCCGGCGAAAUCUUAGAUCCAAGGCGGCGGUUACGAAUGGCUCUGGAUGUGGCUAAGGGCAUCAAUUAUCUUCAUCAUCUUAACCCGCCCAUUCUUCACUGGGACCUUAAAUCUCCAAAUCUUUUGGUUGAUAAAAAUUGGACUGUAAAGGUCUGCGAUUUUGGUUUGUCAAGGUUCAAAGCAAACACGUUCAUUUCAUCAAAGUCUGUUGCUGGAACGCCCGAGUGGAUGGCCCCUGAAUUUCUUCGUGGAGAGCCCUCCAACGAGAAGUCUGAUGUUUACAGUUUUGGAGUGAUUAUAUGGGAACUUGUAACCAUGCAACAGCCUUGGAGUGGACUUAGCCCCGCCCAGGUGGUUGGAGCAGUUGCCUUUCAGAAUAGGAGGCUGGCAAUCCCUCCAAACACGUCUCCAGUACUGAUAUCUUUGAUGGAGUCUUGCUGGGCCGAUGAUCCUGCACAACGCCCGACUAUUGCUAGUAUAAUGGAGACAUUAAAGAAGUUGCUCAAGUCCCCAUUUCAAUUAAUACAAAUGGGCCGGCCAUGAAGCGCUGAGAAGGGUUCUUUUAUACUACUACUCUCUCUGUUUUUUGGAGAGUCAAAUAUAGUUGUCAAAUCAACUGUAUUUAGUUUGCAAAAAAUAAAAUAAAGUCAGGUUUUAAGAAAUGAGAAUUGCCCAUGGGAGUUGCAGGUCCAAAAAAUGUAUGCAACUUCUUAUUUGGUCUCAAGAACAAUUUAUUGUAAUCCAUAUCCGUGAAGAAUGAAUUAAGAUGCCAUUUACCU